ACAAACGAUAUCACAAUAUUUCCAUCCAUCCAUUAGAUUAGCGUUUUUGUAUUGUUGUUUGGUUCGUUUAUUGUUAUUUUAUUUAUAUAAGCAAUCGAUUAUCAGGUUAUUGAUUGAAUAAAAUUAAAACAAAUCGAUCCUUACAAUGUCAUUAAAGUCUGCUGAUGCACUAACAAAUAAGUUGCAGCAAGAUCUGCUGAAUGAGUUGGUAACAACAAAUCAUCUUCUGCAAUUAAUCUCUGAAGAAUUACAAGAAUUCAAACAAUUAACAAGACCUGGUGGAGAAUUGGAAUCAAAUGUUGCUAAGAACACCGCCCUAACAAAACAACUGGCCAAUAUGCUUCAUAUUGAUUUAGACAAACUACCACCUGUUGCACGAUUGCAAAUAGACCUGAACCACCCAUCAAAUCAAAACCAAUCUUAUGAGGAACAUGACACGUUUAGGAAUAACUCCACUAUGGAAGACGAUAAAUAAAAGCAAUUAAAAAAAAUGAUUAAGCAUGCAUUGUAGGAUGAGCAAUACAAAUAAAUGAGCCA